AAGAGUGAUUAUCUUGAAACAAACUCAGACAUUGUUACUGAUCAAGAUUGGCAGUUGGCGUUGGGAUGCAUAGAAAUAGUGAAGCUAGCCACGUUCUUGAAAGUUGAUAGUGAUGAAUACUGAAGACAGCGAGAAGCGAGUGGAUCCUGGCUGGGUCCAAUCAUUGUUGGACGCUUGCAAGAACAAAGAUCGAUUGCAACAUUCUUCUGACUGCAAUCAAAGCACCAAGUUCUUUCCUAGUUUCUGCGUUACCUGCUUGCAAUUGCACUGCAAAUUCUGCCCUAAAGGAGCCAACCACCCCCAUGAACACCACCUAGUGCUCCCCGUUUACAAAGCUUCGCCCGAGAAUUGCCUGCAAGCAAGCCAGGUGUCCAAGUUAAUUGAUAUCUCCGACAUUCACCCAUUCAUUAUUAAUCACAAACAAGUAGUUUUUGUCAAUAGAAGACAUUGUGAACAAUCCAAGUCCCGAAGUAACAAAUCUUCCUAUACGUGCAAGACCUGUGGAAGAGAAUUCCAAAGAGAGAAAAGGUUCUGCUCAGUCCAGUGCAAGAGUGACAGUGGCGAGAGUUUAGAGCUGAAACAAAAUCCACAAGGGGAAGCGCCUCACGUGAAGCCUCAGUCUCAAUCUCAAUCUGGAUCAUAUCGGAAAAGGACCAGAAAAGGGAUGCCAAGCCGGUUUCCAUUCCUCUACAUUUCGCAGUAUUAAUUAUUAAAUGAAUGAAUCAUCGCUGUGCCGGGUUUUGAGUUUGCAUUUGCGGCAAAAAGUUGGGAAAGUACAUUGGAUUAUAAGAAUUGUCAUUUAAGUAACAUUGUUGGCUAUAUCCAACAUGGGAACUGAGGAUGCAUUGAACCCAAUACCGUAGCGACUGAUAUGAAGAUGA